AUGCCUUUAGUUGAAGCACUGGAACAGAUGCCCAGAUAUGUUAAGUUUAUGAAAGAUCUGUUGACAAAAAAAAGGACUGUGAGCUAUGAAAUGGUAGACAAUCUUCAUCAUUACAGUGCCAUUGCUAUAAGAUUUAUUAUUCAAAAAAAAGCUGAUCUAGGAGCAUUUACUGUCCCAUGUACGAUUGGAUCGCUAAAUUUUAAAAGGGCCCUUUGUGAUCUUGGGGCAAGUAUAAAUCUUAUGCCAUUGGCAUUUUUCAAGAAACUAGGUUUAGUAGAUCCUACACCCACCAAUAUAUGUCUUUUGAUGGCAGAUGGAUCGGUGAAAAGGCCGAUUGGUAUUCGGCAUGAUGUACUUGUGAGGGUGGCCAAUUUUAAAUUUCCCGCCGACUUUAUAAUUCUUGAUUGUGAAGUGGACUUUGAAGUACACAUAAUUUUUGUCAGGCCGUUGUUAGCAAAUGGGAGAGUGUUAGUUGGCCUGGAGUUGAAUAAGCUAAAAUUUAGGUUCAACGGGAAAGAGGUUAGUUUUGAAGUGGGUAAAUACACGAAACAACAAAAAGAGAUGAGUGUUUUCUUGAUCAUUGAUGCAUUCUAUGAAGAUGAGGUAAAAAUGGUAUUAUCGAUGUAUCUUGACGAAGUUUGA